UAACAUGCAAGAAGUCGUGGAUCCUCUGCAAGCAAUUGUGAUGGUGAUGGACACACUUGGCAUUGCCUGCUUCUGAAAUGUACUGGAAACUGUAGCUGGAGAAAGUAAUGAAGAUGAGAUUUAAAAGCUAUUUUAUCUUCCUAGUUAUGCUGUGUUCAGGCAAACUCUUUGCAGAAGAUAUACCUUGUGAUUUGCCACAGAUAGAAAAUGGAAACCUUGCCCAGUACUAUUACAGUUUCAGAAGUUACUAUUUCCCUAUGCGUAAAGGAAAAAAGCUCUCCUAUUCUUGUAUGGUUGGUUACACAACUGAAAGUGGGACUCAAGAUGGAAGAAUAACUUGUACAGCAAAAGGAUGGUGUCCAGUGCCACGAUGCUACAGAAAAUGCACCAGGCCUCUUUUGGAAAACGGCUCUUUUUACAGUACUGAAAUAGACUUCAAAAUCCAUGAGAAAUUGCAAUACAAAUGUAAUCCGGGCUACCACACCCCAAGUGGUGCUACUGAAGAUACAGUGCAGUGUCAGCCACAAGGAUGGUCCUUCCAGCCAAGCUGUACUAAAAAACUUGAAUCAUGCCAGGUGCCCAGGCUACAUCACGGCACCUACUCUGAAGCCAUGCAGGAGGUGGAGCUGAACGGGACGCUGUGGUACUGGUGUGAGCAGGGAUAUCGCACUGCGGCAGGGAACGCCUCUGAGGCAGCGCUCUGCCUUGCACAUGGAUGGGCCCUCACCCCCAGCUGCACCAGAAUAACUUGCUCCACUUUGAGUGAAGUAGCUCAUGGAGGUUUCUAUCCUGUGAAGAAAAUCUAUGAAGAAGGAGAUGUAGUUCACUUUUUCUGUGACAAACAUUAUUCUGUCACUGGAUUUGAUUUAAUUCAAUGCUAUAAUUUCGGGUGGUAUCCAGACCCUCCAGUGUGUGAAGAUGUAAAAAAUAAAUGUCCUCCACUACCAUUCCAUCAUGGCCAUAUCAGCACAAACAGAAGAAUAUAUCAUAAUGGGGACAAAGUUCAUGUACAGUGUACCUUGGGAAGGAGAGGAUUUGAAGAAAUCCAGUGCGAAGGAGGAAAGUGGACAUCACCUUCUAGCUGUAUUAGAACUGUGGAUAAACAAGAAUCUGGGGCACCACCACCACUCGAGGCAGAUGCAAAAAUAAGGGCAAGCCAAACACAUCAUAAUGAAGAAGUGCAGCAAGACUGUUCCUCUCCGCCUGUGAUUAAAAAUGGUGGUGUCCUGGGCCCAUUAUUGGCAAGUUACAAAAAUGGUUCCUGGGUAGAAUAUGGUUGUCAGCAUUACCACUUUUUGGAUGGACCCAGUACUGUUUACUGUGACCAUGGAAACUGGACGGAACCACCAACCUGCUUAGAACCAUGUACUCUUAAUGUAACUGAUAUGGACAGCAACAAUUUAACACUGAAAUGGAGACGGGAAGAAUUAAUUUUCCUACAUGGAGAUCUCAUAGAGUUUGAAUGUAAACAGGGAUAUGGUUUCCUCCAGACUGCCAUUCCAUCUCCUGGGAGGACACAGUGUGACCAUGGCAGACUGAAAUACCCAAAAUGUGUUAUUCAAGCUGCUACAGAAAAAUGUAGCUCUCCACCCUCUAUUGCAAAUGGAGCUCUUACUCUCCCAGCGCUGCCCCAGUAUGACAGUGGAUCUUCAGUUCACUAUAUUUGCUCUGACUAUCAUUUUCUGCAAGGCUCUGAGAAAAUCUACUGCUCUGAAGGACAUUGGACUUCACCACCAGUUUGUAUAGAGCCAUGUAUUUUGUCAAAAACUGAAAUGGAGAAAAAUAAUGUGCUGCUGCAAGCGUUCUAUGCAGACCAGGUUUACUUUUACCAUGGGGAUUAUGUUGGAUUUUACUGCAAACAGAACCAUUUUGGAGCAGAAUCUGGCACAACUUUAUUUCAAGUACAGUGUAAGAGAGGAAAGCUGGCAUAUCCAAGGUGUGUUGAAAGAAAGCAAGUAUGGACUUGAGGAAAACCUAUAGGAAGGUACUUGGAUGCUCCUGUGUAUUGACCCACUGUGGCUGGAAAGUUCAUGCAACACAUGCCCUCAAAGUCCUUGCAGCCAUGUCCAGGCACUAGCAGCAGGGAAUCUGUGAUGUUUUCCAUCGUCUCCCAAAUGUGCUGCUUCGGUUGUGGGACUAUCCUCCUUCAGUGAGGAGCAGGAUCUUGAAUAUUCCAAGUACUGUAAGAAGGAGUCCUUUAAAUGUUAUCUCUUGGAAAAUAAUCUGUAAAACAAAGCUGCACAAUAAAAGGCAAACAGUUAA